AUGAAGGGAUCUGGUGCUUCAACAAGAAGGUAUUACAAAUACUACUUCAAGAACUUCCUUCUCCCAUUAAAGACCUUGUUCUCACUCUCUCGGCUCCGCGCUUCCAAGAAGACCAAGAAAAGAAGGAACAACGGUCGUGCCAAAGAGGGCCGUGGCCACGUGCAGCCUAUUCACUGCACCAACUGUGCCCGAUGCGUGCCCAAGGAUAAGGCCAUUAAGAAAUUGGUCAUUCAGAACAUCGUAGAGGCCGCAGCUGUCAGGGACAUUUCUGAAGCGAGUGUUUGCGACACCUAUGUGCUUCCCAAGCUGUAUGUGAAACUACAUUGCUGCGUGAGUUGUGCCAUUCACAGCAAGGUUGUCAGGAAUCGCUCUCCAGAAGCCCGGAAGGACCGAACACCUCCACCCCGAUUUAGACCCUCGGGUGCUGCCCUACGUCCUCCACCAAAGCCCAUGUAAGGAUCCAAGUCCUUAAAGACUGAAGAAAUACUGGUUUCUCUGAAAAGACAAUAAAAUAGAAAUUAUACUUUAUGUAGCAUGUUGAAUAUAUGUUGCCAGAUGGAGUGGGGUUUGUAACAUCUUAUUUCUGUCUUUGGUCUCCCCAGUUUGCAUAGCUUAGGGGUGGGGGCGAGGAAUUAGGGCAUCUGUGUUUGAUUAAUUCAUCCUGGCAAAUGGCUUAAGUUGGUGUCUUAAAAAUGGGGAGGAAGCUAGCAGAGUGAGGGAUUCUUUUUAGAGAGAAAAUGAAGAUAUUUAGGACUACUGGUAAAUAUACUUGGUGCCACACUGAGAAAGUUUCUAUAAGAAAGCACAUGUUUUAGGAAGCUGUAAAUGGUAUUUAUGAGUUCGCCACUUUACAGAAUGCUAAUGAAGAAACACAAGCUGAAAUCAAGAUUGUGGGGAGAAAUAUCAAUAACCUUAGA